AUGAGCGUAGUAGCAGCGGGUUACCUGGCUCGAAGAACAGCACAGAAGGAGAGAGUCCGAAUCCUCUACCGCCGUGCUCUCAAAGACACUCUUAACUGGGCCGUUCAUCGUCACCUCUUUUAUGAAGAUGCCGAUCUUCUACGCGCGAGGUUCGAAACUAACAAACAUGUGGAAGAUCUAGAUACAAUUGAUAGAAUGAUAGCUGAUGGCGAGGCGCAAUAUAAUAAGUGGCGGCACCCUGAUCCUUAUAUUGUUCCUUGGGCUCCUGGCGGUAGCAAGUUCACUCGGAACCCAACUCCACCUGAAGGGAUUGAGAUAUUGUAUAACUAUGGCCGAGAAGACAAUGACUAA